GGGGGGCGCUGUAUUUAAACGCCUAAAAUGCACUGCUAUCUCCUGAGCGUGUUUCUCACCCUGGAUCUGGCCGCCGUGGCGCUCAGCCUGUCUACCUGCAGCACCCUCGACAUGGAUCAGUUCAUGCGCAAGAGGAUCGAGGCGAUCCGGGGGCAGAUCUUGAGCAAGCUGAAGCUCACCAGCCCCCCGGACGAGUACCCCGAGCCCGAGGAGGUGCCCCCGGAGGUCAUCUCCAUCUACAACAGCACCAGGGACCUGCUGCAGGAGAAAGCCAACCACCGAGCCGCCACUUGCGAGCGGGAGCGGAGCGACGAGGAGUACUACGCCAAAGAAGUCUACAAAGUAGACAUGCAGCCUUUUUACCCCGAAAAUGCCAUCCCACCGAGCUAUUACAGCCUUUACUUCAGAAUUGUAAGAUUUGAUGUCUCAACGAUGGAGAAAAAUGCUUCCAACUUGGUGAAGGCAGAGUUCCGAGUCUUCCGACUGCAGAACUCGAAGGCGCGGGUGUCAGAACAACGCAUAGAGCUGUACCAGGUUCUAAAAUCCAAAGAAUUAUCAUCACCAGGACAACGCUACAUCGACAGCAAAGUAGUUAAAACACGAGCUGAAGGAGAAUGGUUAUCUUUUGAUGUCACUGAGGCUGUGCAUGAAUGGCUCCAUCACAGAGACAGGAACCUUGGAUUUAAGAUAAGUUUACAUUGUCCAUGCUGCACCUUCGUGCCUUCCAAUAAUUAUAUCAUCCCAAAUAAAAGUGAAGAGCUUGAAGCAAGAUUUGCAGGUAUUGAUGACUACACAUAUUCCAGUGGUGAUGUGAAAGCUUUAAAGUCCAAUAGGAAAAAAUACAGUGGGAAGACCCCACAUCUUCUGCUAAUGUUAUUACCCUCCUACAGACUUGAGUCGCAACAGCCCAGUCGGCGGAAGAAGCGUGCUCUAGAUGCUGCCUAUUGCUUUAGGAAUGUGCAGGAUAAUUGUUGCCUGCGUCCACUUUACAUUGACUUCAAGAGGGAUCUUGGCUGGAAAUGGAUUCAUGAACCUAAAGGGUAUCAUGCUAAUUUCUGUGCAGGAGCCUGCCCAUAUUUAUGGAGCUCAGAUACACAGCACAGCAGAGUACUCAGCUUGUAUAACACCAUAAAUCCCGAAGCUUCUGCCUCUCCAUGCUGCGUGUCCCAGGAUUUAGAGCCCCUCACCAUCCUGUACUACAUUGGCAAAACGCCCAAAAUCGAACAGCUGUCCAACAUGAUCGUCAAGUCCUGCAAAUGCAGCUAAAGAAUACCCUGAAACAGCGUGAUGUGUAUUAAAAAAAAAAAAAAAAAAACAAGGAAAAAAGAAAGAGAGAGAGAAAGAAAGAAAAAUGAAAACCCAGGUUCAUCAGUGUUAAAAGAAAAAAAAAAGAAGAAAAAAAGCGGUACUAGUCUGAACUGUUUGAAAGUUUGUUUUGUUUUUUUUUUUAAAACUGGCAUCUGAAGCAAAACAUUGAAGGCCUUUUUCCUACAUUUCACCUACACAUAGUGUGAGAUAGACAAGAAGCAAAGUUAAAGGGAAAAAAAAAAACCUUUUAAAAAAUAAACACUGGAAGAAAUUUGUUAGUGUUACUAUGUGAAAGGAAAAAAACAGGAAAAUCCCAUGAAGUGGAGUUGCUGUAUCUGUCCCGUGCCUUACUUGAUCUCUCUGUAUUGUACGCAAUAGGCAUCCUACCCAUUCCUCUUAGUUUUAGAGUUAACAGUGCAUUAUUUAUUUGUAUGUAAAAACUAUCAAACGAACAUUUCCAUAUCACCAUUUGGAAAAAAAGAAAACCAGCAAAUGUGGACAAAGUGGAGACCAAAUAAGCUGUCAGAAAUGCAUAUAAAGCCUAAAGGAACUCAAGUUCAAAAGAUUCUGAAAAGUAAUGGCUAGUUUAGUUCAAUU